AUGGAGGAGGAGAACGCAGCUUGGCCCUUGGCCGACAGCACCCUGACGCAGGAGAUUCUCGACCUCUUGCAGUCGGCGGCGCACAUUCGCCAGGUAAAGAAGGGUGCCAACGAAGUGACCAAGACGCUCAACCGCGGCACCUGCGAAAUCGCCAUCCUGGCCGCCGACACGGCGCCGCUGGCGAUCCUGCUGCACAUUCCGCUGCUGUGCGAGGACAAGGGCACGCCCUACGUCUACGUCCCGUGCAAGUCGAUGCUCGGCCGUGCCUGUGGCGUCAGCCGCGCCGUGAUUGCCGCCAGCAUCACCUGCAACGAGGGCAGCGAGCUGGCCGGCCAGAUCAAGGCGCUGCGGGACAAGGUGGAGCGCCUGGCCAUCUGA